CGUUUCUACUAUGGUCGCCCUGCCAGACCCCAGCUCGGUCAAAGUCUACACGGUAAAUGGUGCCUCUUCAAGCACAUCCUCUUCCCUGCCCGACUGGCUUACUCGUAAAAGACAAGCAAAGGGAAAAGGCAAACGGGCGGUUAAAGAGCAAGUCGAAGGUACCAUCGAGCUAAUUCAGCACUUUGAGUUCCCGGAAGCCAGUAACAAAGUGAAGACCACGAGAGACGGGCACCAUGCGAUCGCUACGGGGACGUACAAGCCGCACAUGAAAGUGUGGGACCUCGACGAGCUCGCGCUCAAGUUCGAGAGACACUCAGACUGCGAGAACGUUGACUUUGUUAUCCUCUCUGACGACUGGACAAAAACCCUGCACCUCCAAGCAGACCGCUCCGUCGAGCUGCACACACAAUCCGGCUUCCACUACCGCACGCGCAUCCCGCGCUUCGGGCGCGCAGUGCAGUACCACUUCCCCUCCUGCGACGCCCUCUUCGGCGCCGCCGGCAACGAGGUCUACCGCCUCAACCUCGACCAGGGGCGCUUCCUCAACCCGCUCGUGCUCCAAGGAACAGAUGGCAGCGGUACGGGUGUGGAGGGCGUCAACGCGAUCGACAUUAAUCCCGCGCACCAGCUCUUCGGGUUCGGCGUGGAGGGCAACGGCACGGUCGAGUUCUGGGACCCGCGUUCGCGUUCGCGCGUCGGCCUCUUGCAUCUCCCACACAGUCGGUUGGCGCCUACGUACGCCGCGCCGAAGUUGCCUGGCAUCGACGACGCGUCGUCGACGCCGCCACUGUCAGUUACGUCGAUAUCGUCCCGGUCGGACGGGCUGUCGUACGCCGUGGGUACCUCGACAGGCCAUACUCUUCUCUACGAUAUCCGGAGCGCGCGCGCCUUCGCGAUCAAAGACCAAGGCUACGGCCUGCCGGUGAAGAACGUGAGCUGGGUUGAGGGCGGGUCGCGCAUGGCCGGCGACGGGCUGGUCGUCAGCGCUGACAAGAAAGUCAUCAAGAUAUGGGAUCGGAAUCAGCCAACGAGCAACUUCGCAUCCAUCACGCCCGCGACGGACAUCAACGAUGUGCACCAUAUCCCAGGGAGCGGGCUGCUCAUGCUCGCAAAUGAAGGUAUCAAGAUGACGACGUACUACAUCCCGCAGCUGGGUCCCGCGCCGCGGUGGUGCAGCUUCCUCGAGAACAUCACCGAGGAGCUCGAGGACCAGACGACCCGCACCGUAUAUGAGGACUACAAGUUCGUCGAGAAGAGUGAGCUCGAAAGCCUGGGCCUGUCCCACCUCAUCGGCACCGCCGCGCUCAAGCCGUACAUGCACGGCUACUUCCUCUCGCUCAAGCUGUACGACGCCGCGCGCGUCAUCGCGAACCCCUUCGCGUACGCGGAGCACCGCGAGCGCGCCGUGCGCGAGAAGAUGGAGAAGAUGGCCGAGACGCGCAUCCGCGCGCGCAAGGACGGCCAGGCGGCUGGUGUCAAGGUGAACAAGAAGCUCGCGGAGCGCGUCAUGCGUGAAGAGGAGAGGGCUAAGCGGCGCGAGGAGCGGAAGAAGAAGGCUGUGGAGAAGGCAGAGAAGAUGGAGGUGGAUGAGGGAGCGGAGGAGAAGGAGGAGGCGGGAAGGCCGACGCUGCUCAGUGACCCGCGGUUCAAGGACCUGUUCGAGAAUCCCGAAUUCGAGGUGGACGAGGAUAGCCGCGAGUUCGCGCUCUCGAACCCGGUCGCGGCUAUGCGCCGGCGGAUGGAAGCCGAGAGAGGAGGGAAGGAGAGUAAGAGCGGCAGGAUAAAGACUGCUGUGGAGGAGGAAGAGGAGGAGAGCGAUAAGGGCUCGUCGGACGAGAGUGAGAGCAGAAGUGACGAGGACAGCGAGGACAGCGACAAGGACGACCUUCGGACGCAUUCACAAGUCUCGCGCCACGCCGACCAACCACGAUUCAGCAGCGCCAACCAGCGCAAGAAAAAUCCUAACGUGCGUAUGGUUCCCAUGCGCGCGCAAACAGACGGACGGCGCGGGCCAGAUAAGGACGCGUCCUUUGGCCAACGGCGCUCUGGCUCCGGGCCUUCGUCGCGGGAAGGCAAAUCACGGGCUGAGGAUGACGGCAUGUACGUGAACCGCGCGGCGGACGGUGGGAUGGAGAUGAGCUGGGUCCCAGGCUCUUCCGGCGCGAAGGAGCGGUCAGAACGGAAGAAGAGUGCGGGCAAGAAAGAUGCAUUUGGUUAUGGCAUGGAGAGGGGUGGGGAAGAGAGGGAGGUCGAUAUGACGGAGAGCGAGAGGAGCGGGAGGAAGCACAGACGACAGGGUAUGCGGAGUGGGAGUAAAAAUACCUUCAGGAGGAUGUAG